AUGAAGGAAAUAAACCUGGAGGAGAAAAAUGGGCUUAUAGGCUGCUUAAUUAAGAGGAAAGUGAAGUAAAUAUGGAUGGAACAAAAAAUUAGGAAAUCAAAAUCCUUCCUUUUGAAUGAUAUGGAUUUCUGUUAUCAAAGAAAACGGAAACUUACUUAUUAUUAUAAUAAUCAUAGGCCCAGCUUGAUGACUAUCCACAAAAGAAUUGCCAAAUACAUAAAACUAGAUAAGCCGAGUUGUCUUUUCCAGUAGAAGAUCUAUCGAUUCUAUAAAUUCUCCCAAAGACGCAACACAAAAUAUGAAUAAUUUGUUAUAGACUACAAAGUUUACAAUAUUAAAAAUUAAGAAAGAAAUUUAAAUGAUCUUGAUGCUGUAGAAGUUCCUUUUGAUCUCUAUAUGUUUGACUACGAUGAGGCACCAUUUGAAUAACAACAAAUUGAUGUUGAGGAAUACAAUGUAGAGAAUCAAAGGUUAGCCAGAUAGAAUAACAAAAUAAUGAAUUCUAAUAAUCAUUGA